UGUUAUUGACCUCCCAGUAGGAUACCGUUUUGUGUAUUCAUUUCUCUUCACGAGACAUUUGAGAUAUUUCUCAAAGGCUACAACACUUCGUCGUAGCGAAAACAAGAUGUGUCUUCAUCGUCACUGACCCCUCCUCUAUAAGUUUUUCAAUACACGCGAAUACCACAUCCGACCGUCCGUCCGAAUCGCUCGGUGUCCUUGCGAAAAAGGCAGAAACGAGGGACAUCCACGAUGGGAUACAUUCUCUACUCGAUCUUCUUGGUCUCUAUAAUCCUCGGGACAGCGCUCUACCUAACCCGUGCCCGAUGGGUUCCUUACCUCCCGGACCGUAUGCAGGACGCCAUCUCCGGACUGUCGUACACCCGCGUCCCGACCACCUUCAUGGGCGAUGUCGAGUCGGGCCUGACGUCGGCCGAUUUCGAUCUGUCGAGUAACAUUGUCGAAGGGGAUUCUCGGUCCGGGCUGGACCAGAAAGCCAAGCGAGACGUUCAGCGGAUCAUGAAGUUGAGGGGCAUCAAUUUCGACGAGGCGCGGAGGGUAUACAUGGAACAACGAUUCAAGAAGAACGGCAUCAGUGAGGAUGGCAUUCCGCGAGAUCCGAAGUUUGUGUCGUUUUCAUGAGAAACCGGAGAAAGAAGUCGUGGGCAGUCCAAGCCAGCAGACAGACAGACAAGGCGGGCGGGUGUGCUACAAGUCGUCAGGAUACACUCCGUCCAGGACGGAUAGAGAGAUGUCGGCAGGCAGGAGUCUUUCCUGUACAAAGUUUCCACCUCCCCCCGGGAUUGAUGCGAGCGUAUGGUGUUAUAUAGGCGCUUGUAAUGUGGAUCGUCAUCACAGUCGAAGCACUGGGACGAGGGCGUUAAUGGCAAUGCAUUCUUUGUAACAUCAGA